GUUCCACCAUGCCGCCACUUCCUAGUACGUCCUACGUGCCUAUCUCCAAAUGCCCACCCACAUACUAACGAAACAACCAUCAAAGAUAUCCCCGUCAAAUACGCGGCCCCCGCCGUCGCGACGCUCCUUGCGUACCUGAAUGCACGAUGGUCCUUCUUCUACGACUACCAGCUUGUCUCGAGUCUGAUUGCUAUCACGCUCAAGGUCAAAUUGGCCUCUCGCCAGGACCGCCUGAGUCUGUUCUACAUCCUGGAGAAGCAUGCCCUGGCACCCAAGUCGGCAAACCGCCCGUUUAUCGUUUACAACGGCCAAACAUGGACCUACCAUGAAGCCUACCAGACCGUCCUCCGAUACGGCCAGUACUUCAAGCACACCCUAGGCAUCAAGCCCAAGGAGAUUGUUGCCCUGGACUAUAUGAACUCGGCCAACUAUAUCUUCAUCUGGCUGGGCUUGGCGAGCAUUGGCGGCGUGCCUGCGUUUAUCAACUACAACUUGACUGGGAAGCCGUUGACACACUGUGUCAAAGUGUCCACUGCCCGCGUGCUGAUUGCCGAUGAAGAGAUUCGCGGCCACUUCACGGAUGAGCAGAUUGCUCACUUCGCAUCGCCCGAUUUCCGGGACGGAAAGGGAGGAGUGGAUGUCGUGUUCAUCACGCGGGAAAUCGAGAACCAGAUCUUGCAGACGCCGGCGAUUAGGGAAGAAGACAGCGUACGCAGCAAUCCAGAGCCGAGCAGCAUGGCCUUGCUGAUAUACACGAGUGGAACCACUGGAUAUCCGAAGCCUGCGAUUGUCAGCUUGCAGAAAUGCUGGGCUGGCAGUACUUUUAUUAGCAACUGGCUAAAGCUGCGGACAGAUGACAGAGUCUUUACAUGUAUGCCGCUUUACCAUGCCACGGCCGCUAUCUUGGCCUUUUCUUCGGUGCUUUUCAGCGGCUCGACCAUUAUUAUUGGCCACCGUUUCUCGACAAGCAACUUCUGGAAAGAGGCUCGCGAGGGUGACGCGACAAUUGUUCAGUAUGUGGGUGAAACCAUGCGGUAUCUUCUGGCUGCCCCUCGUCAAACCGACCCCGUUACCGGCGAGGACUUGGACAAGAUGCACCGGGUACGGUUGGCGUAUGGAAACGGGAUGCGACCAGACGUAUGGAAUAAAGUCAAGGAGCGGUACGGCAUCGACAGUAUCGGCGAGUUCUAUUCUUCAACCGAGGGCUUCUCUGGCCACUGGAACCUUUCGUCAAACGAUUUCGCUGCCGGUGCGAUUGGCCGAAAUGGGCUCAUUGGCGAGCUCAUUCUUGGCCGGACCAUGGCCGUUGUCGAAGUAGACCACGAGCUCCAGGUUCCCUGGCGUGAUCCUACGACGGGACAUUGCCGCCGCGUACCCAGAGGAGAUGCAGGCGAGCUACUGUAUGCUGUAGAUGCCAACAAUAUUUCCGACAAGUUCCAGGGUUAUUACAACAACCCCAAGGCGUCUGAGACCAAAAUCUUACGCGAUGUCUUUGCCAAGGGCGAUGCUUGGUUCCGGACCGGUGACACAUUGAGAUGGGAUGUGGAAGGCCGGUGGUACUUUACCGACCGCAUUGGCGAUACUUUUAGAUGGAAGAGCGAAAACGUAUCGACCAACGAAGUCGCCGAAAUCAUUGGUAGUCAUCCCGAGAUAUUCGAGGCAAACGUCUAUGGCGUUUCCUUGCCUCACCACGACGGCCGCGCGGGCUGUGCAGCCAUUGUGUUCAAGAACGGGUACAUCGAUGUGCCUGCUGAUAUUCUUGAUUCACUCGCUGUGCAAGUCCUGGGGAACCUCCCUCGCUAUGCGCUGCCAUUGUUCCUCCGAGUGACGGCCGAGCUGGAGCGAACGGGCAACAACAAGCAACAGAAGCACGUUCUGCGCGAGCAAGGGGUUGACCCUUCCAAGGUCUCUACAAACGAUCGUCUGUACUGGCUUCAGGGGAACAAGCUCGCCCCGCGUGGUCUCGCAAAGACAACCACCACCAUCCGCCAACCGCGUUGUACCUUUUCAACCUCAUCUUCAGUUUACAGCACCAGCACCAGCAACAGCAACGAUGCAACCACCUUCGCGGCCUCAAUUGCAUCUGAAUUCCUCUCGCGCUUCCAGUCUCAGGGGCCACAAGUCCGCACCCAGGUGCUGGACGCCAACCAACUGCAACUCCUCUCGCUAACACUGAACCGACCAAUGCUCUACCCCGAAUCCCCUCAUCUUUCUUCAGCAGCAUCGCCACCACCCCGAGGCACCCCUAUCCCACCCGGACAUCAUUUAAUAUACUUUACGCCAGCAUUCCUCGAAUCCGAACUUGGCGCCGACGGCACAGAUACUUCGUACAACCCAUCCCCGCCGUUUACGCGACGCAUGUGGGCUGGCGGCGAAGUCAGCUGGCCGCGCGACAGCAAUGGCAAUGGAAAACCGAAUUUGCUACGUGUUGGACAGACGGUUAGCGAAACAACAAAAGUGCUCAGUGCGGAGCCCAAGGUGGUGCGCAAGACGGGUGAGGCGAUGAUUGUGGUGGGUGUUGAGAAGACGUUGGCGAAUGAGGACGGGGUUGCUGUUGUGGAUCGACGGAAUUGGGUUUUUCGUCCGGCUUUGCCGUAUCCUCCUGUUAUCAAAGAAGCGGGCAGCUCAUCGCCAAGUAUACAUCAACAACAACAGCAGCCACAAGCCUCCCUACAGACAUCGUCGGACUCAUUUAGCAACGGCACACACAAACGCCAGUUCAGGCGCAGCUCAGUCACGCUCUUCCGUUUCUCGGCAUUGACAUUCAAUCCUCACAAAAUCCACUACGACUUGCCCUGGGCACGGGACGUCGAAGGCCACCGGAACAUUGUCGUGCAUGGGCCGCUGAAUCUGAUUUCUAUUCUGGAUUUUUGGAGGGAUAUUCAAUACAAGAGUGGUGGUAAAUUCUCAGAUAGUGCGCUGGUCGUGCCUCGCAGCAUCUCGUACCGCGCGACGAGUCCUCUGUAUGCCGAUGAGGACUAUGAGAUUGUGCUGGAGGAGGCGGCGGAGGGGAAUAAGCAAUACAACCUAGACACAGACAUGGCCGAUAACGAUAACGAUAACACCGAAACCACCACUGACAACCCUGCCCUCAUAUCAUCCGCCGGCAACAAGAAACGCAGCCGAGUGCAGUUCUCCUGCACCGCCUGCCGAUACCGCAAACUCAAAUGUGACCGCACGCAUCCCUGCGACAGAUGCACGCGGCGCGGCGACGCAGCGUCCUGCACAUAUGUCGGCCACGGCCCGCGGGGUCGCGCGUCUUAUGCCGCCGCAGCCAAUCCAUCGCAUAUCCAGAAUCGCAUGCAGCAUCUGGAGAAUCUGAUUCUUUCAUUUGCGCAGCAAAAGAGACUGCAAGAUGGCGGCAGCGGCAGCACUGUGGCAGAAGACAUGGCUAUUGAUUUUGCAGAGCCCGGUGGAGGAGGAGGAGGAGGAGGAGGAGGAGACCCCUCUUCUUCGACGAGGGGGGAGUCUUCGUCUGGAACAACGACGACGACGACGACUUCGGCGUUGGAGGAUUCGGCUGGUAAGAUUGUUAAUAAUCAGGAUUUGGGGACUACGUAUGUGGACUCUUCGCAUUGGAGGGCGAUUCUAGAUGAUAUCAAUGAAGUGAAGAGAUAUCUUCGUGAUGAUGACGCCAACUCAGAGGACGAUGUCCACGAGGAAGCCGACGAAAUCCACGACUCAUCUCGUCCAGCCUUGCUGUUUUACAGUGGACGCGUCUUGAGCCAGGAGGAACUGAUUGCAGACCUCCCAGAGAGAACGCUCUCGGAUCGUCUGAUUUCGCGGUUUCUGAACUCGGGGGACCCUAGUCUUGUGAUUUUGCACUUUCCUACCUUCCAAAGAGAGUACGCCAACUUUUGGGUAGACCCGAAGAGCGUGCCACUGGCAUGGCUCGGUUUGCUGUAUGCCUGCCUUACCAUGGCUGUAAACAUGUAUCGCCGCAGUCUCGAGCCCCUGCCAGGCUCACUGGGCGACCCAAUCGACGUGAUCAACCGCUUGCAACGAAACUGCUGCCACUGCCUAAUCAACUCCAACUAUACAAAAGUGGGCAAAUACAAAGUCGAAGCCAUGAUGCUGUACACCACCACUGAGUACUCCAAAAAGGGCAACGCGCCGGUCAGUUCGUCCAUCAUUCUUGGCAUAAUUGUCAAGCUCGCUAUGCGCAUGGGCUACCAUCGAGACGCAAAGCAUUACAGCAACAUAUCCGCACUCGAAGGGGAAAUGCGCCGGCGCACGUGGGCUGUGAUAGCCCAGCUCGACGCCCUGACAGCGUUUCAGGUCGGUGUGCCAAAACACAUACAAUCCUGGCAGAGCGACACAGAACUCCCGCACAAUUUGUUUGAUGAGGACUUUGACGAAAACACCAUCGAUCUGCCCGAGUCACGGCCCGAAUCCGUACGCACGGCAGCCACAUACGCAAUCUCCAAGGCGCGCAUCAUGUCCGUCUUUGGCCGCAUUUCAGACCUGGCAUACUCGCGCAAGCCGACCUCGUACCAGGAAGUGCUCGAGCUGGACCGCAAACUCGAAGUCGCGCACGAGGCCAUGGCAUCGUCACUACGCAUGAAGCCGCUGCACCAGUCCAUCACAGAUGCCUCGGCGCUGAUCAUGAAACGGUAUACGCUGGACAUCCUGUACCAAAAGGCGCGCAUUGUGUUGCACAGAAAGUAUCUCACCGAGGCACACCAGGACUCGCGGCUCAACUACUCGCGCUGGGUGUGCGUCAACGCGGCCAAGGAGACUCUUCGACACCAGCACGAUCUUUUCCAUGAGUCGCAGGUGGGCGGCCGUCUGUACAGCGACCGCUGGUUUUUCACUUCUCUGCAAAACCACGACUUUGUCCUCGCCGCCAUGGUCAUUUGCCUCGAGCUAUCCAAAAAGACCGAAGCAGACGUGAAAUCGCGCCAGCAAGGAUACGGUUUCUCGAUUGUGCUGGAUGGAAGAGACGAAAUGCUCGACGCGCUGGAAAAGUCGAGGAAUAUCUGGCAGACAAAUCUCCGGCAUUCGGUCGAGGCAAGAAAGGCCUUUGACGCGCUUACCAUUAUGUUGAAAAGGGCCAAGAUGGACGCGGAACUCGAGAGGAAUUCGCAGAACCAGGAGCAGCAGCAGCAGCAGGUAGACGGGUUAUUGAGCGGCGAGCACCGAAACGACGAUAUUGCCAUGGGGGAGAGCGCAUCGAGUAUUGGCUUUGGCAGCGCAGAUUCACGCGGUAUGUUACUUUUUACCAACUUUUUUUUAAGGGGUCCUAGGAAUAUAUAUCUAACAGUUGACCCAGAUCAACCCUCCGAAGCCAGUCUAAGUGGUACUGGGGCCGCCGCAGUCAUCACCACCACCACCGGUGUGAUGCCAACGCCUCCAGUGUCAGACAGUUCCAAUACCAUCGCCAACAACAACGGACUCGAACAAACCUCUGUAAAUCCAGGCAUACAACCACCAAUUCUUCCCCAAGGCCAGCCCAUUCCAGAAAUCGACCCAUCUAUGCACUCGCUCGACGUGAUUCAGUCCAUGAUCGAUGCACCAAACAGUCUUGACUGGCACAUCUGGGAUGGCCAUAUGCAAGACUUUGAUCCCGGCAUGGUGGAUACUAUGUGGGACACUAAUAUCAACUUGUCAAAUGGAAAUGUAAAUGCAAAUGCAAAUGGGAAUGCCCAGCAGAUACGAGAUGAGAAUGUUGAUCUUUUGUAUUUCAGCACGGGGACUCGGGGUUAA